UCAAGAUCGUCGGAGCACAUCCAUGUGUGGAAUACAACCUGAAGUUUGAUAGUUCAGCAGACUGAAGUGCCUCAACACAGAGAUGCCCCCCCACAUGAAUGACGUCAUGCGUCUGUGCUGUGAAAUAUCAGCACAUGAUCAGAUCAAGGUCGCGGUGAAAAACUCCACCAAAGGAGCGAUGGUGGCCGGAGGGACUGCCUUCCUAGGUGGGAUGCUCUGUGGACCUCCUGGGAUCGCUGUGGGCGGAGCGGUUGGUGGUCUCUUGGGCAGCUGGCUGACCAGCGGCACGUUCAGGCCUCUACCUGAGAUCCUGAUGGAGCUGCCACAAAACCAGAAACAGAAGCUCUAUACUGACAUUGUGGCCGUCCUGGGCAGCCUGGACUGGACAGACGUAGCCCAGCUCAUCGCUCUUGUGAUGGGCAACGCCACUCUCCAGCAGCAGGUCACCGCUGCGCUGCUCAACUAUGUUGCAAAGGAACUCAGAGCAGAUGUGCGUUAUCAGGACUGAGUCGCUCACACAAAUGGACUUCCCCAGGUUUUCUAGUUAGACCUGACAAACAGCCAGAACAAUGUAUACAUAUAUGUAGACAAUGUAUUUUUGUUUCUGGCUGUUUAACCUUCAUGAUUGUGUCAAAUUAGGUUGUCAGCUUUCACUAUCCUCAGAGGGCUGACCCCAACAACAAAGAAACCCUUUUCCCUCAUGUGGGAACUGUCUUCGAGAACUGGUGAUUCAAGUCGACUGUCUUUUUAGAGGCCGAAGUGGACAUCAUAAUAUUAACACCUCUCUACAUACAAUAAGGGAAACAGAGACACCUCUGUGUAAAGUUCAUCCUCCAAACGGAUCAUACAGUUGAAUCAACAUGUCUCUAAAACAGUUUCAAUGAAGCACAGGAAGCCCUGCACAUGUCUCACAGCGGGCUGUCUGAGGGUCUAUGGCACAGCCUCUUGUGUGGCAUUGGUUUAGAGACUAGACUUUGAGCAAUAUCAUGUGCAGGGCUCUCCUGCUGUUGUACAUUUUCAUGUAAAUGUGCCUUAACUGACAGUCACCAUUGAAACGUCAUUGAAACACACAACUCUGUAACCUCUAAGAUAUUGAGCCCAGUCCAAUCAUUUAUUCUGGAUUACAAUGUUGUGUUAUAAAUCACACACUCUGUAUCAGGGUGUGAUUAAUAGUUCUCCAGAUGUUUUUAUUUGCAGCCAUCAUACAACUUGAUCAGGGAGGUGUCUGAUUGGUCAACGAGCCCUAACAUUCAGCCAUAGGCUUAAAGAACCCAGUGUCCUCAGAAAACGAGGGGUCCUGCACAGAGACAGAGUGAGAUCACAUGAAGGGACUCCAGGUUGAUUUGAACAAACAACCUUCUACCUUGUGCAAAAGUCUAACAAAAAGAACUGGUCUAAAGCCAGAAGGUGAAAACACCAAGUAUUGAUUUGAUUCAUUUUUUUAUAUAUAUUUGUAUGAAAUGAUUGAUCAUUAAAAAAAAAAUCAUGGCCUUAUAUUUAAAAAACAUUGCUUGUGUUUCAAUAAAAUAAACAUGGGAUUCUA